UGUGUGAGGAAGCCGAAUUUUUGAAGAGCUCGUGCAGGGAGACACAUCAGAGCUCCUCCCGCCGCUGCUGAAUGGAUUACCUUCAGUUCCACCUCUCCCGGAUGCUUCUCAGCACACACUGCUAACCUCACUCUGCCUUCCCAUGAUUCCAUGACCAGCGCGUGGACACUGCUCGCGGACCAUGUCAGUGAUUUGAGCCCCACUUUGACUCCCCAUCCCCGCUGCUGCUGGCUGGACACACGGCUCUUCCUGCGGGGAGGUUUUCCUGCAACAAUUUGUUUUCUGAGGGUCGAAAUCAUGGUGCCUGUACCGCAUCGGCUCCAAAUGGCACUGUGAGAACUUUCCUCCUCCUCCCCCCCACCCCUCCCCCUUAUUUUUUUAUUUUAGAUGUUUGUCAUUGGGAUCGUGCUUCUUUGGGAAAUUAGCCACCGUGUCCCCUUUCAAUUAUGUUCACUUUUGCUGCCUUCUGCUACAUGCUGUCUCUGGUCCUCUGUGUGUCCCUGAUCUUCUUUGCAAUAUGGCACAUCACAGCCUUUGAUGAGCUCCAGGCCGACUUCAAGGUGCCGAUCGAUCAGGGCAAUCCACUCCAUGCGAGGGAGAGGCUGCGGAACAUUGAGAGGAUCUGCAACUUGCUUAGGAAGUUGGUGCUGCCAGAGUACUCCAUCCAUGGACUCUUCUGCAUCAUGUUCCUGUGUGCCCAGGAGUGGCUGACCGUGGGCCUCAACAUCCCCCUGCUCUUCUACAACACAUGGAGUAGGUACUUCCAUUCGCCAACGGACACUAAGGAGCUACUCUACGACCCAGCGUCCGUGAUGAACGGAGACACGCUCAAGUUCUGCAUAAAGGAGGCCUGGUGCAAGCUGUCCUUCUUCGUCCUAUCCUUCUUCUACUAUCUCUACUGUGUAUGGAACCUGGAUAUAUCCGUCUAAUAGAACUUUUCAAUGGAAACACUUAAAGCUUAUGCUGUGCUAGAGAACCCUGGCCACAGCAGCAGCAGCAGCAGCAGCGAGUAUGAUCUACUCCUUGGUUACCUCAACAUAACAACUGAUUUAUCAGCAACUGGAGAGAUGGGAAAACGCCUCUGGAAAUACAGACCACCACUGUUUCGGUCUACAAUCGAAAGACAGAAAAUAGAAGAUAGAAAAAUGUUUUUUGCUGCAAAGCCAAACAAUGAACUCAAUGGGGGCGAAGCUUUUUCUCUGCUUUGUCCCCUUAAGAAGGAAGGUUUCAUGCUUGUCUGUAAAUAAAAACUGAAGUCUUGUUUACAGUUAGACCGGUCGUAGCUAGACCCAAGUAAAUCACUGCCUGGCCAACAUUUGAACCAAACACACAUCCACAGCCUCCUCUGAAGUGGUACCGUACAUACUGUAAAGUUGCAGCGCUGGUAACCCCAGAGGAUAAAGAGCACAGUAGCGUUUGCACAGUUUGUCUCAGGCACAGCAUGGUGAAGCACUGUCCGGCCCAGCACGGCUCACCCCCCCCCAGUCAUCCCCUCUCGACGCCUCGCCAACCGUAGCUUCACUGGUGAGUCAGAAACUAGGGACACAUGGACGACUGCAUGGACAGAUAACACUGUACAUAAAGCAGAACGCUUUGGUUGGAAACACCCGAGCAGACGAUAUUUUCCACUGAAUGGCACACACUGUCCAUGGCCUGUGGGUUUUUAUUUCUAACAUUACGUGAAUGGCUUUUGUGAUGUGUGCAUUUUGGUGUAUUAUUUAACUAAAGGCAUUUCUAAUAGAAGCAAAAGGUAUCCUAUACAGCAAAUGCCUUCUUAGUGUCAUCCUAGUGUUGUUCUAUUGUGGGAAAACAUUUCUAAAACUUAAAAGCUAACACCUGUCCAAUUUUUUGAUAGUAGAGGAGCACAUAUUCUUUGCAAAAAUAGUCUUGCACAAUAUUUGCAAUAUUUGGCUAUAUAUAUAUACAUAAAUAUAUAAUAGAGAUACAUUAUGUUAGUCUAGCCACACAGGUGAAGGUCUUCCAAUAUGUAAAUAAUUAUCCAGCCCUGUUUGAAUAUGGGGAGAAAAUGUGAAUCUUUUUUAGCUCGAUUUACACCAUGGACCAACAUGUUUAUCUUUCAGUAUUGAAAUACAUUUAUUAUCUAUUUGUGAGAUACUGAUGGUUUUCCUCCUUUAUCUACCUUAAAUGAAAUAUGAUAUUCUAAUAUAACCACACCAUGAUAAGGGCCUGUGUCCACACACCUUUUUUCUGGCAGAGCCUCCUCCCUGCGUUUUAAAAAUAAAAAAGGUUCUUAGCGUUCUUCUGUGGCAACGAUAUCUUGACAACGUAGCACGACUAGCAUCGCCCAGUUGUAUUUUAUUAUCUGUAAGUGCUUAUAAAUAUGUGUUUCAUAUUGUUUUCUCCAUAAAGUGGUGCAGUGAGGAUGUUUUUCUGUUAGCACCUGGAAGUUAGCAUUGCAUGUGCUCCCUUGAGAAAAACCAAUUGGAUAUCCCCAUUUUAUUUGGGUAUAAUGCAAGUAGUAAAUAUUGUGGCCAACACACGUUUAUAAUAUUUUUUUGUUCACCAGGAUAAUUUCCACAUUAUAACACCACUUUGAGAUUUUUGAAGCAUAAAUACUGUAACGAUCACAAAGGGAGUCGGAAACAGGCUGCUAGUUAUUAGGCUUUAAUAACUCUUCUUCUUUACAGAUGAUCACAGGUUCAGGAACAGCUUGUGGGUUCAACCUCACACUCCACUAACACUAACUUCAACACAUACCCAUAUAUAUAACAGUGUCUACGUCACAACUUCCCGCCCUCCCCCGUCUGCUCCCCCAACCACAGGCCCGCACCUCAACCAGCAUCACUGUGCAGCUCUAUGAUUGGCAGAGAGACGGGGGAUGCCUGAGUGACACCCUCAGCAUCCUAUACAGGGUCGCUACACUACCCCCCCACUACAAAGUUCCUCGCCCACGAGGAACAAAUAAAACUCAGCACAAACACUACCCCCACACUCUCCAGUACUCUGCAGGGACCAACCCACUGACUGUCCAGUUUUGGGCACCGGCCUUUCUUCCGUUGUGGGCUGUAGACCCAGACCAGAUCCCCGGCCCGGAAA